GCGAAACAGUGACAUAACAUCCACCACAAUUCUUUAGGUGUAAUACUAAUUGAAACUAUAAUAAUAUCUUUCUUAUUUCGAAACGAUAGCUGUACUUCCAAUAUGUCAGCGAAUAGUAAUAUGUUCGAUAUUCUUCAGCCGAUAGCCUCGCACACAUUGCCAAGACCAGUAAGGCAGUACUGUAUGUCAAAUAAUACUCGCACGAGUUCUCAUACCAGCAGUAGCACACUCAAAUCAGACUUCGGUGGUGCACAAAAACCUAAAAUAGAUCCUUGGAAUGUGGAGGCAUCAAUGGAAUAUAUGGACGUCACACACUCGGCCCACUUUCGCGAAUGGGUUCGAUCGGAGGAAAAUCUACAUCUCACAGCACACCAUUUACGGAGAGUGCUGACCGAGAGUACGGUAGACACUGAAGUACGAAAGGUAGCUAAUGGACUACGUUGGAUCAUGAGUGACUGGUCUACUAAGUCCGUUUCUGAAUUGAUGAAACUGCUUGGGAAAGGCAGAUCCAUAACAUGGACAGCAACGGUAACAAAUUUAAUAUCCGCCGAGUUUCCGCUGUUUCCCGACACAGCCGAGGUGGUUAUGGCCAUGAUUGAUAAGAACUCACCAGAACAAGCAUCAGCAUUUGUGAAGGUUAUUAGUGCGGACUGGGAUUUAGAAGCAGUAACAGAGCUCGUGUUCCAUGUUGGACGCGAGUUUGAGUGGGACGUUGACAGGUAUCUUGAGUUUAUUACCAGUUAUGCGUUCAAUGACAGCGGAAAAGAGCGCAAUGGGGAGGAGAGAGAAAGAUGUAUGAAGUUUCUAUUCUCUGCAAGAAGCAUCAUAUGUGAAAUAACAAAAAAGAAUAUGGUAGCUGCACAACCAAUCAACCCCAACAAAGAGCCCAUAGGAUUCAAACCUGAGCAAUUGGAGGAGAGCGAAGCUUCCACUAUUGCGAGUUAGCACCCAAAAGAAUAUUUAGUAAAAAAUAUCGGGUUUUUUUAUUACAAAAUCUGCAAGUGUAGAUCAGAAAUUUUGCACAAUAGUUUUUAUGUAGUCUACUGCGGAGCUGAGUAUUUGAAUAUCUGAGCUAAACUUGGAAGACAAGGUGCACCACAAUGUAGUGUGUUGCACAUUCCAAGUUCCAACAGAUGUCGGAUUACUUCCACUGGUUCAGUAUGGUAUGCUGUCCU